UGCUCAAAUCAUAAUCAAGAUAAUGAUUCAAGCAGGUGUGGAGCCUGAUGCUGUCAGUUACAAUUCACUAAUGGACGGAUAUUGUCUGCCUAGCCAAUUGGAUGAAGCUAUACAAAUUUUUGAUUUGAUGGUACACAAUGGAAUAGUUGAUGCUUUUAGCUACAACAUCUUGAUUAAUGGAUACUGCAACAGCAAAAGGAUAGAUGAAGCAACGCAACUUUUUGAUGAAAUGCCUCAAAAAGGUUUUCUUCCUGACACUAUUACUUAUACUGCUCUUAUACAAGGCUUGUGGAAUGCAGGGAAGCCCGGGAUUGCACACUUUCUUUUCAAGAACAUGUUUUCUCAUGGUAAUCAGCCAGAUAUAACAACUUUCUCUACUUUUCUUGAUGGCUUGUGCAAACAGGGGAAUAUUGGUGAGGAACUCAUGCUAUUUAAAGCGAUGGAACAAAGUCUGUUGAAGCUUGGUCACAUGUGCUAUAACAUUUUGAUAAAUGGUUUGUGCAGAGCUGGGAAGCUUAAGGAUGCCAAGGAAUUUUUUUCUAGGCUUUUUGAAAAAGGCUUGCAGCCUGAUGUUUAUACAUAUGGUACAAUAUUUAAAGGACUUUGCAAAGAGGAAUUGCUAGAUGAAGCAUACAAGGUGUUUAGAGGGAUGGAAGAUGGUGGAUGUUCACCAAAUGGUUGCUGUUAUAAUGUGAUUAUUCAAGGGUUUCUCAGGCUUGGAGAUGUACCAAAAGCAUCACAACUUAUUGAAGAAAUGGUUGGCAAGGGAUUUUCUGCAGAUACAACUACCACUAAAUUGAGAUGAAAAUAGAGGGAGAAACUCAAAGAAAGAUGGCCAAGGGUUUGAGAAGGAAAAUCAGUUGCAGCAAUUCUUGGUUCACAGCUAAGCAGAGAGGGAGAUUCUGUUGUGAAUGGAGCUUGCACGUGGGCAGAAGCUGAGAAGGCAGAUGGCUGGUGAAUUCUGGUUGUUUUCUUUUCUAUUCUCAAGUCCUUUGUAUUGAACUGCUGCACUUCUUUGACUGAGAAAGUUGAAUGAAAAUCUGA